CUAUUGUCCUGAUCCAUUUUCAGUCUCAGCUUUAGACAGCUCAUUCUGAUUUCCCAGGCCAGGCCUUUUGCGGGAGAAGAAAAAGCAAAAGAGAUACUAGUACUAUCUCGGACUGGACUGGCGUACCAAAGCAAAGGAGAAAAGGCUCGUCUUUCUUAGAGAGGGAGGGGGAAGGGGCGAGAGGGAGGCGCGAUGCACAAGAGAUUUCUUCUGUGGCCGCUGCUGCUCGCUGUCUCCGCAUCGUCAGCUCUUCUUGGUGUUCUCGCGGCCGACCUUAGCAAAGAACCUUUUACCAUCCGUAUAAGCUGUGGGAGUUUCGACGAUGUCCACACGGCACCUACCAACACGUUGUGGUACCGAGAUUUUGGUUAUACUGGUGGCAGGUUUGCAAAUGCCACUCGCCCGAGCUUUAUUGUACCCCCACUGAAAACUCUUCGAUAUUUCCCUCUGUCUGAUGGCCCUGAAAAUUGUUACUACAUCAACAAUGUUCCCAAUGGGCACUACCAAGUCAGGCUUUUCUUUGCCCUUGUGGCUGAUCCUAAUCUUGAUAGUGAGCCAAUAUUUGAUGUUUCUGUUGAGGGCACUUUAUUCAGUUCUUUGCUUUCGGGCUGGAGUAGCGAUGAUGAGAAGACAUUUGCGGAAGCCCUGGUUUUUGUUCAAGACUCAAGCUUAUCGAUUUGUUUCCACAGCACCGGUCAUGGCGAUCCAUCGAUUCUUUCUAUGGAAGUUCUCCAAAUAGAUGAUAAUGCCUAUAAGUUUGGUUCCCUUUGGGGAAAGGGAACAGUGCUUAGAACUACCAAAAGAUUGACAUGUGGUUCUGGAAAGCCAGCUUUUGAUGAAGACCUAAACGGUAUCCACUGGGGUGGUGACAGAUUCUGGUUAGGGUUGAAAACUUUAUCAUCUAGUUCUGAUGAUCAACCUAUAUCAACUGAAAAUGUUAUAGCAGAGACAUUGCUUGCACCAAAUUUUUAUCCUCAAAGUAUGUACCAAUCAGCUAUUGUGGGCACUGAUAGGCAGCCGACGUUAUCCUUUGAAAUGGAUGUUACUCCAAACAAGAACUAUUCUGUAUGGCUUCAUUUUGCAGAGAUUGAUAAUGGAAUAACUGCAGAAGAGCAAAGGGUAUUUGAUGUACUUAUCAAUGGUGACACUGCUUUCAAGGAUCUUGAUAUAAUCCGCAUGACAGGAGAGCGUUUUACUGCGCUUGUUCUGAAUAAAACUGUUGCUGUCAGUGGGACAACGCUAAAAAUCACCUUGCAGCCUGUUGAAGGGACACAUGCCAUUGUUAGUGCGAUUGAGGUUUUUGAGAUCAUUCCAGCUGAAAUGAAGACCUUGACUCAAGAAGUGACUGCUCUGCGGACUUUGAAGGGUUCACUUGGUCUUCCUCUUCGAUUUGGCUGGAAUGGUGACCCCUGCAUUCCUCAGCAGCAUCCGUGGAGUGGAGUUGAUUGCCACUUUGACAAUACCAAAAGGCAGUGGGUCAUUGAUGGACUAGGUCUUGACAACCAAGGCUUGAGAGGAGUUAUACCUAGUGAUGUAUCUAAGCUACAACACCUGCAAAGCAUAAACUUCAGCAGUAAUAGUAUAAAGGGCAAUAUUCCAUUGUCUUUGGGUACCAUCCCAGGGCUACGAGUACUAGAUCUGUCAUUCAAUGAACUCAAUGGUUCUAUUCCGGAGAGCCUUGGCCAACUGACGUCUUUACAGACACUGAACCUAAAUGGCAAUGAUCUUUCAGGAAGAGUUCCAGCCAGCCUGGGAGGAAGACCUCUACACAGAGUUAGAUUCAACUUUACGGACAAUGCUGGGCUGUGUGGAAUUCCUGGUUUACAUGAGUGUGGCCCUCAUUUAUCAGUCGCUGCAAAGAUCGGCAUGGCUUUCGGGGUACUUGUAGCUUUUCUGUUUCUAGUUGUAUUUGCGGCAUGCUGGUGGAAAAGGAGGCAAAACGUUAUCCGUGGUCAGAAAUUAGCUGCAGCAAGGGAAGCUCCGUAUGCUAAAUCAAGGACCCAGUUUACACGGGAUGUGCAGAUGGGCAAGCACCACCGCCCGCAUGAGACGAGCCCACGGGGUGGCAACAAUGAAAGCUCGCCACAUUUGCUUGCCUAGUUACUUGCCGCGAUUGGUAAUGCUAUUUCGGUUGUGCGUCCUCUCCGGUAUGCUCAGUUAAUGCUGCUGUCAGCUUGAGUUGUAAAACAACUGUACAUACUAGGUCAGGAUGGUGUAUAUACUCCCUUUUUUCCUCCAAAUGUUCAGUCAGGGAGUAUUGUCAACUGGGAAAUGAUCCAGAUCAUCCUAUUUCUAGUUGA